CAAAGCUUAGCCAAGGAAAGUAGAGCAAGAUCUGCAUUUCAUGUCAUUGAAGAAUAGGAGAGGGAACGGGGAGUCUGAGAAAGGCAUUCCAUUCCUGAGGAUUGAGUGAACGUAGACCCAAAUAUGGAAGGCAAGUUCAGUGGUGAAUAAAUGAAGCGGCGCUGGAGAUGGCCAUCAUGCUCAGAUCAUGCUUGUUUGCGACCUUUGUGCUCGGCGAGACUUUAAUGGCAAAAGCAUGCAUGAUCCACGGCCGAGGAGCGGAGAAGAUUGGACUUGUUCUGGAGGGGCGACUAGUUGAUGGCUAUCCAUAGCGGGUACUGUGCAUCCCACGGGGGGCCACAGCCAGCCAUUCUUGUACCUUCGGACAGGCUCAGAAUGUCAAAGAACUUCCAGGGUAUCGCACAAUAUGGCAGCAUUGUCAGUCACCAAAGGGGGGCCAACAGAUGCUCUAAUCUCCUCCAUCCGUCAUAUCUCUUUACCCUACAGCCACUCCCGCCGCUCUAUAUAAGACCUGCACUUCUCCUCCUUCCCUCAACUCCAGUUUAUGUGCUUCCCCGGUAAACGUCAGAAAGAUCUCCUUUCCGACGACGCCAAAGCUUCCAAGCCUCCUGCUUCUGCAAACGGUCCUCAGCCAGCCCCUGUAGCUGCCUCCUCUGCACCUGCAACCGAACCAGCUGCACCAGUUCCCGCAACCACCACCACCACAGCAGAAAGCACCAUGUCUAGCCCCAAGAUCGCCAUUGUCAUCUACUCCAUGUACGGCCACAUCGCCAAGUUGGCCGAGGCUGUCAAGGCUGGUGUCGAGGCCAGCGGCGGAAGCGCGACUAUCUUCCAAAUUCCCGAGACCCUCCCACAAGAGGUCCUCACUGCGCUGCAUGCGCCCCCCAAGGCCGACUACCCUGUCAUUACCCCCGACAAGCUUCCUGAGUUCAACGGCUUCAUCUUCGGUAUCCCCACUCGUUUCGGUAGCUUCCCCGCUCAGUGGAAGACGUUCUGGGACCAGACUGGUGGUCUCUGGGGUUCUGGUGCCCUCGCGGGCAAGUACGCCUCCAUCUUCGUUUCUACUGGUACACCCGGUGGAGGACAAGAAUCCACCGUGAUCUCAUCCUUGUCCACUCUGGUUCACCACGGUAUCAUCUUCGUUCCUCUGGGCUACAGCACCACUUUCGCCCAGCUCGCGAACGUCAGCGAAGUUCGUGGUGGUAAGUUCAUCUCUCAUUUACCAAUUCAUCUCGGAUGUCGGAUCCUGAUAACGUGCUUGCUUAGGCUCUCCUUGGGGCGCUGGUACAUUCGCGAACUCUGAUGGCUCCCGUCAACCCACUCCUCUCGAGCUCGAGGUUGCCACCGCCCAAGGCAAGCUCUUCCACCAGACCCUCUCCAAGGUCAAGUUCUAAGUAGACGUGCAUGUUGCGUUUGCCUUGUACCGUGUCUGGGAGAUCUGAUGGGCUUGCUUGCCGCGUGUCGUACAGUUGGACCGGACAUUGAAGUAGACAUAAGUGUACAGUGUACCUGGUAUUAUUUAGUGCAUACAAUUUGCGUCUAAACUUGUUGCUCCCCGGUUCUGGAAUGGUCUUCGAUGGACGCUUCUCAUUGACGUGAGAGGUGCAGUGGACUUUAUAGGGUUGCCUUGAGAAUAUAGUCCGCAUAUAUGAUACUUGCGAGAGUAUCGAACGAGAUCCAUUGGUUCAGAUUGAGACUCGCUAAGCAUGUGCAUCAUGAGACGGUUUGUUGGGCUUAGCUGUACAUGCUUGAUGUGUCUGACAGGUUGAAGAAGUCCUCAACAGUUUCUUUGUCGAAGUUACAUUGUUCGAAACACACUCAAAUC